AUGGACGAUCUGCAUUUUUCGGAUUAUGAAAAGCCAGCUGUAGGAGAAGAUGUCAAGCCAUCGAUGGGAGACAGCAAACUGAUCAUCAAUCAACAAUCGUUUAAUGUAGAAAAUCAACAGAACGUUCCAGCAUUUCUACCUGCAAACUCUUUCAUCUCAGGUCUUCUACCUGAUUUCACACAUAUCGGAAUGCAGGAUUCGUUCUACUCGUCAGCUUCUUAUCCCUGGUAUAGAUGUUAUCCUCAGUUUUAUGAUGACCCAAAGCUUCCAUCUUAUCAACAACAAAGUUUCGAGAAUGCUUUUCAAUUCCAAGAUUGUCCCCCACCCGAUCCACCAGCAUCGACACCCUCAACUUCUGUCGCAAGUUUCCAAGGCCAACUUUUAGGACCGAAUUACAUAUCUAUGCCUUAUCCGGCGAACCCUAUGAAUCAACCAAAUAUGUUUGCGAAUUGGCGGCCAAGCACAAAAUCAGAAAAAGUUGCACCCGUGCCAUUCAGGACAGGACCAGGAACGAACAAUGUUCGAGUGCGAACAGCCGAAAAGUACCGUAUGGUCUACAACGAAUACCAACGAAUCGAAUUGGAGAAGGAAUAUCAUACGUCAGCUUUUGUAUCAGCUGAUCGGAAAGCUGAAUUAUCAACGAGAUUACAGCUGACUGAAAGACAAAUCAAGAUUUGGUUCCAAAACAGACGUGCCAAAGAUAGAAGAAAGAAAAAUGUACGGUAA